GUUCGCGCAUGUACCCUCCUUCUCCUCCUCUCUCGGUAGAGGGCUGGCUGUGGCCACCUACCAAGUUCUACCAACCCUCCAAGGUCUACCAACUGCCGCUUUGGGCUUCUCCCUUUUUUUCGUCUCCCACCAACUCCUUUUCCCGUGGAAAUUGCUGUUCCAGUUCUUCUGACUCUCUCUCGUGGUGGGUGGUGAAUCUGCAGUUUCGCCAUGGAGGCAUCCCUCUCGCUCUGUGCAUCUUGCUACCCUUCGUCCUCCUCUUAUCCCAAAUCUCUUUUCUGUCCUUCUUCGUCUUCUUCUUUCUCUUCUCAGAAUAUGAAGGCCGGGAAAGGUUCUUCGUGUUCUCCAUUGUCGUGGCGCUCCCAUUUCUGCACUUUCUCUCCUAGAUGGAUUGAAAGAAAACCAGAGCCAGACCGACUGGCAGCAUUCAUAAGAGCAGAUCGCACCAGCUCCACCGACUCGGUACAGUUCGACACCUUGAGCCCGAGGGUCAAUGCAGUAAAGCCUUCGAAAACGAUAGUUAUAACCGACCAAGCAGCUGCCCUCAUACGGGCAGGAGUGCCGGUUAUUCGGUUAGCUGCUGGAGAACCUGAUUUCGACACACCCCGACCGAUAGCAGAAGCCGGAAUUCAGGCUAUUCGUGAAGGCUUCACUAGGUAUACUCCAAAUGCUGGUACGAUGGAGCUUCGGAUGGCAAUUUGCAAUAAGCUCAAGGAGGAGAAUGGGAUCUCUUAUUCUCCGGAUGAGAUUCUGAUCAGCAAUGGAGCCAAACAAGGCAUCGUGCAAGCUACACUUGCUCUUUGUGCACCAGGAGAUGAGGUUAUAAUACCCGCACCUUUCUGGGUCAGCUACCCAGAAAUGGCUAGAUUAGCUGAUGCCACUCCAGUAAUAAUUCCAACACCCAUAUCAAAUGACUUCCUUUUGGAUCCAGAUGUUCUGGCAUCAAAACUCACUGAAAAGUCAAGAUUGUUGAUUUUGUGUUCUCCUUCUAAUCCCACUGGAUCUGUUUAUCCAAAGAAACUGCUAGAAGCAAUAGCGAGAAUAGUCGCAACGCAUCCUCGGUUACUGGUGCUUUCUGAUGAGAUAUAUGAGCGGAUUACAUAUGAACCAGCUCAGUUUACAAGUUUUGCUUCCUUGCCUGAUAUGUGGGAGAGAACUUUAACUGUAAACGGGUUUUCCAAGGCCUUUGCAAUGACAGGGUGGCGGCUUGGUUAUCUUGCUGGGCCAAAGAAGUUUGUCACAGCUUGUAGUAAGAUCCAGAGUCAGUUUACUUCUGGUGCCAGCAGCAUUUCCCAGAAGGCAGCACUUGCAGCAUUAGGUAUGGGAUUCAGAGGAGGUGAGGCUGUAUCUGUAAUGGUACAAGCAUUUCAGGAAAGGAGGGACUUUCUUGUUAAGAGGCUCAGAGCACUGGAUGGUGUCAAGCUCUCAGUGCCACAGGGUGCCUUUUAUAUUUUCCCAGACUUCAGCUCGUACUAUGGUUCAGAGGUUGAAGGCUUUGGUGUGAUUGAUGGUUCUGACUCUCUUUGCAGAUUUCUGCUUGACAAAGCACAAGUUGCGCUUGUUCCUGGAGAGGCUUUUGGAGACGAUAAUUGCAUCAGAAUUUCAUAUGCUGCAUCUCUGUCGACACUGCAGGCUGCCAUGGACAAGAUUGAAAAAGCACUUGCUCUCCUGAAGCCUGCCAUUCCAGUUUGACAAAUUCUCUGGAAUCGGUUGGCAAAUGAUCACUGGCCGAAUCUACCCUCAGCCAUCCAUUUGUUUGUAGCAUUUAUCAUUUAGAGAACGAGUUUUUGAUUUCUAAAGUUGAAAUCAGGCCUUGAGUUUGCUGUAAUAAAGAUAAAUGUGUCAUUUUGCUGUUGUAGCUGUGUUGGGUGACGUUAGUCGUAAACCUUCUAUAUUAUUCUCGUUUUGGAA